CUAUUAUUGUUUGUUACAAUAUACGAUCUUUGGGUUGAAUAUCCGAAAAGUUUGUUGAUUCCGAAAUAAAAUGAUUGUAGUGAGCUUUUAAGCUUUCUUACUCAUCGCAACACACUUAACAAAAUAUCUGUGUAAAUAAUGUAUAUAUUCAGCAAGAAAACUGUUGCCUGGAUUCUUAACUUUUUGCUCUUUGCUGUUGUGGUUCUGGCCUGGGUGUACACAAUUGUUGCUGGCAGGUUUGCAGGGGUGCGCUACCUCAACGACCAGUUGGCAAAGGAGGCAGCAGCACAGCAACAACAAUAGCACCAAUAGGAGACUGAUACUGUGAUCUAUUUGCUAUGGAGGUAACAAACGAGAAGUCUGCGAUGCUGAGCAACUAUGAGGUUCUCAAUCUGCUCAAUGACAUUCAAAAAGGACACAACAAACAGAAGAAAAUGCACACCAACUUGGCAACCGUCUCAUACGAAAUUGUUCAGUACCUUGAGAAGACCGCCUGCGCAAAACAGUCACCGGAAGUGAUUGCAAACUUUAUGAAAGCAUUAGAACCUUUUAAACUGACCAAGGCAGAAAAAUUACAGCUCCUAAAUCUCUGUCCAAAGGCAGCUGUAGAGAUACAGCUGAUAGUUGAAGAGAGUGAGGAGCGACUGACUGAGGACCAGAUAUACCAGCUACUCGAUAUCGUCAGUGAACAAUUGCCGGGAGCUGAGGAACAGGUGGAGAUGGAGGCUGAGGAGAAUACAAAUGAAGAAAAUUAGAGGGACAGUAUCACAGAUUUGGAACUUAAAAAGUAUUAUUUGUAUAAUAAGAUUCUGUAGAAUAAAAACUGUUUGUUGUUUGAGGUUACUUAUUGUAAUUAGUUUGAUUUGUAUAUGACUAUUUUAUUUAUUUUUUAACAAAAGAAAGUUAUAUUUAGAAGUAGUGCUGCAACAAUAUACCGGUAUAUCGGUAUAUAUCGCAAUACGCAAUCCGCAUAUUGUAUUGCGAUACGAUUUUCUUCAUAUCGGUACGAAAAUUUUACAAACAUGCAUCUACAUUUCGUUCAGAAAAGCCAUCCAAAAUAAUGAUAUCAAGGUAAACAAAACAAAGCGGUAUUUUGUAAAAAUAAAUUGUUACGUACAAAUGGCAUUCUAAAAAGUCUAUUAUACAGAGUAGCGUUGUUACAUGGGAGCAUUCAUUCUAUGCUUUUAAACGAAUUAUCGUUGAAUUAAUUACGCACAACUAAAUAUUUCUUUCGAUUCUGAAAUGAGCAUUAUUAAAUUUGUAAUCCGAAUUUCGGAAACAUGCUACCGAAAUGUAAUGCUAACGCGACAAUAAAAAAAGUGCUUUAUUCUUUUUCUCAAUAAAAAGUGAAAGCGCGCAAAAAUUAUACAGACAUGUAGAACGUCGCGUGCAAAGUGUGGGUGUAUUUGUGUUGUAUAAAACGGGAACAUCACGUCAGGCGAUUUACGCGUGUUCAGUGGGAAAAAAAAACGCCCGAUUGGAAGUUAUUUCAUCACAUCUUUAAAUAGUAACAAAUGCCAAAAUGUAUUUGAUAUGUAAGAAAAUUGGUGAAUGUUUGUGUUUUGUGUUAUUCUUGAGCAUUUUUAUAGUAAACAUUUACCAGAAUUUGCUUUAAAACUGGAAUAUACGGGAUUAUCGGGUAAUUGGCGAGUCAUAAUUUUGGUACAAGUAAGCAAUAUAUUGCGAUAUAUUGCAAUACGGGUUUUUGAGCUGACAAUAUAUUGCAAUACGCUUUUUGGCGUAUUAUUGCAGCACUAUUUAGAAGGUCAUACUUUUACUACCAUGUAGAUGUUUUUCAAAAAAAAAAUGAUUUCCAAAGUUUAGAUUAGCAUAAGAAAUGUGCUUUCCUAUCAAUCAGUAAAAUAUAAACACAAGUAAGUAUAAAAGAACAUUACAAGUAUGCUUACAAAAGACUGUUUAAGAGCCCUUAUCUGUGAGAUUGCCCCUUAAGGGACUGUGUGCUUAUCACAAUGACAUCUCUGUGUAAAAGUGAUAUCCCAUGUUGCAACAUUUUCAAUUUUUGUAGUGGACACUAACUGUGGUUUGGAUUACUCAGUUUAAAUUGUUUAUUUAUUUGCAUUUGGAAAUAGAAUAGACAUUUUGUAAGGCAUUUGAAAGAAAAAUUCACAAUAUUUGUUAUGUAAAUAGGCAAACUAAUAUGAAAAAUGUAUUGCUGACUUGUUGCUGAUUACUUGAUGUCAUACAUGAUCAUGGAA